CGGCGGCGGUGCCAAUCGGCGGGGAGGAGCGCUUAUAAAGCGGCGGUGGGAGGGCGCUGCGGGGCUGCCUGGGGCGCGUCGGCGGCCGCGCUGGGGCUGCGCUGGGGCCGCGCUGCGGCGAGUUUGUGUCAGCUCCUCCGUCCCCUCCGGCUGAAUCUCUUCCUCUGAAGCUGUCCCCAGCGUGUGGAGCCUGCCCCACACCCGCCACCUGCCAAACCACGGCCUUUACCUGUGUCUUCCGGUGUUUCCCGUGCGACCCAUCCUGCGGCAGCGCCUCCUGGGCCACCCCAGAGUUCACGCAGCGCUCGGUGGCUCCAAUGGUGAAGAUGACAAGGUCCAAGACUUUCCAGGCGUAUCUGCCUUCGUGCCACAGGACCUACAGCUGCAUUCACUGCAGGGCUCAUCUGGCUAACCACGAUGAACUCAUUUCCAAGUCCUUCCAAGGAAGCCAAGGACGAGCGUACCUCUUCAAUUCAGUAGUUAACGUGGGCUGUGGCCCCGCAGAGGAGCGCGUGUUAUUAACAGGAUUACAUGCGGUUGCGGACAUUUACUGUGAAAACUGCAAAACCACACUGGGUUGGAAAUAUGAACACGCUUUUGAAAGCAGCCAGAAGUAUAAAGAAGGCAAAUACAUCAUUGAACUAGCUCACAUGAUCAAGGAUAACGGCUGGGAUUGAAUGGGGAGAGCCCAGCCCUACCAGCGUGUAAGAGAAUGCCAUCCAACCGAACAUUAUAUCCAAGAGUGAGAGAGUGACUGAACGCUUGGUUCCAUGCAUUUAGAGGCUCUGCAAUCUGGGAGCAUCUUCACACCCUUCUCCAUCUUUAUUGGUGACUGGCCUCUAAAUUUCUGUCUCUCUGUCUCUUUGCUUUGUAUCUGUUUGUGAGUUGACCCUGGCUGCUUCUCUCUCUGUUCUGGCGUUGGCUAAGAGAAUGCACCGAAUGCCCGACAGCCAUUCCAUGCUGACGAAUGCUUACGUCCAAACUGAAGUUGGUUCUGUGGUGGCAAGCUAGCAGCAGGUCUCGGUGCGGGAGGAAGACCCGAGUUUUGGGCAGGAGAAGGUGAUAGGGGGUGGGGAGCGGGCCCGCAGGGAAGUCCUCGGAAGGGAAGCUGUAACUUCUCCGUUAAGUCCUGGUUAACCAAGGCUUGAAACUAUCUACUGGUCUAAAUGGACAGAAAAAUACCUCACGGCUGCGUUCUCUCCGAAUCGUAAAACCGCUGCUCCGCCGGGGGAGCUUUGGUCUUAGCUGGCUGAGCACAAGUCCUGAGCAGUUCCCCUCUGCAGGCUAGUUGUGGAUCUGUGUUCUGUUUGCCGUUCAUGAACUUGGUGUUCGGGGGAGGAAGGCUGAAGAGACCCCCCCCGCCUCUCCUUUUCCUCUCUGGUGCAGAGGAGGUAGGCCAAACAUCCCAACAGAGCACGGCUGUGGGAGCACCCUCACAGCUGGAGAAACCAAAUCCUGACUCCUGAGCCCUUCAGAGAGGAGGAGAAAACCACUUCAGGCGUAGGGAGGCUGGAACUGCAGCUUAGAAGAUACAACAGGAAAAAGAAGGCGCAUGCUAGGCAGGAAAGAAGAAAUUAGGGGAGCAUGGGGACAAAGGUAGUAACGCAGGGUACCCCUUGACUUCUGAGCCUCUGCUGAACAUCCUCGGAGGUCUUUUACCAGUGGUUCACAAAUGCAAGCAGGAAAAUGCUGCUACGAGUAUCUUCUUAAAUCCCAGGCCCCAGCCAUCGGCUCUGCUCUUGGAGCCUGUCAGAGAAAUGAUGUGAGUGGAGAGAGGAGGGAGCAGAGGACCCUGACAGUUGUAGCAGUACUGCACAGGUGGAUAUUUCAAGCCAUGAGGUAUCCCCCCCAAAAUCUUCCCCCCUUUUCCCACUCCCAGAAGCCUGUUGGAGGUACAGGGGAGAUGGGAAAGAAAAAAGGAGUUAAAUAUCUGCCCCCUGCCCCUGGAGUUGUCUGUGCUUGGAGUUUAAAUAGGAGGGGUGGAUGUGGACGUGGUAACUGCAAGGGACGAGCCCUUCCUGUUUUAAUUUUUUCCUAUUAAUUAGUGUGAACCUUCCCGAGGUGGCCGGUGGGGAAGGAGCAUCGUGUGUGUGAGAGGGGAGCUGCAUUAGGCAUAAAAGACAAUGUGAAGUUUGCUCUGCAACAGUCCAGCCAGUACCUGGUGCAUUACUCAAGACUAUUGAAGUGAAUUAGUUUGAUCUCUCUGAGUGAAUUUCCUUUUGUUUGUGGAAUUUUUUUAGUAGGUUAAUCCACUGGGGGGAAAUCUUGCUUAAUCCAGAAGGAAAGAGUAUUGUGCAGGGGUUUGUAACUCCUUACGAAACCGAAGCUUUGGCGUUGUAAUCUCCUGUCGCUUGCCCCCACCCCCAGGAUCUCUGAGCCUGGGAUCAGGGCGGAGGGGCUGGCCACAAAAUAAUUUGCUGUUAAACCAAGGGGAUGCGAGCAGAGAUGCUGCUUAGGAUCGGGAGAGGCUUCACACGUUGGAUCCUUGUGCUGAAGCCCAAACCCAUCGAAGCAAAGGCUGCUUUUUCUCUUGAACCAUUCCCAUGGCAGCCCCUCGUUACACCUCGCAGAUGGAAGGGAGCAGAGGCUGGCCGUGGCUCCUGCAGGGGGUGGAAGCAGCUCGCUUUGUGGGCCUUUGCCCUUCCUGUUGUGGCUGUGUAGCUUCAGCUUUCAUUUCAGGUUGUCUGCUUCCAUCAUCCACAUUCCCAUAAGUGACAAAAAUAUUGGAAAAACCAAAAACUGCAAUGCCCACUUGUUGACGCUGGCACUGGCCUGGUCCCAUUUUGCUGUCCUUUGGUGAUUGAUCCAGGACGAGUUACUGGGUUUUGGCUAGUGCAAAGUAAUCUGUGUUCUUUGGAGAGCUCUUAGUUCCCCCAGACACACAGCACUUCAAGGGGUCUGUGUGUACCUGGGAGAAGUAAGGGAUAACCCCAAAUCAUUAAUACUAGGUUGAAAAAAAAAAAAAAAAAAAACCCAUCCCCGGCUCUUUAUUUUAUGUUGAUAAAAACAUAAAAACAAAAAUAAAACCAUGUAGGCGAUAGCGAUCACCUACAGAAAGGAUACCAGAUACAAGUGGUUUUGUCCUUACAUUUGGGACAAGCAAGGAUGAUGUUAAAUCAGAUCAGGCUGUUUUUACCUGUUCACGGGGGUUACACUUUUAAUGGCAGCCAGUCUAAGCUUGAAUAUGGCAAGAUCUUAAUCUGCUUUUAAUUGGCUUUGGCUCAUCAGCAUCCACAGGUUUACAGUUGCUGAGAAUCUGGCCUCAAGUCCUGAUGUGACAAAACGUGUGUGCCUGUGGGCACACACCACGCAGAGGUAUCUCUAGACUGACUUUUCAGGGAGAUAAGAAAAAACUGGCCCGCGAGGCUCGACUGAGGCUUGUUCCGUGCUGUGCGUCCAUACGAAGUCCUUCCUAGGCUGCCUGUCCCCUGCGACGUGCUGUGGAAGACACCAGACGAUGCAGGGCGCUGGUGACCGGCGGGACGAUGGGGUCUGUGUGCUGGUGGGUGUCACGGCACAGCCUGAAUCGAUGAGUUGUUGAGCAGCAUGUUCAGAGCAUAACCAAAGACCCUCGCUGUCUGCAUCCCCCCCGCGUGUGAGCCAGCUGUAGCCAGGUCGUUCCCAUCUGGGGACAUCAAGGUGGCACUUUUUGUCUCCGAGCCGGAGAUGUGGCCCGCAGAAAUCGCCUCCUCGGGCACCGAGCGCUGGCGGCGCUGCUCCCUGGGGUCAGAAAACCUCCGGAGCAGCCACUGCCGCCCCUCUCCACGUGGCAGCCUCGUCUCUGGCAAGCUGCGAGCGCCCUCGAGUUUACAGCACCCCAGGCUACCCCAAAGCUCAGACUUCAGGCAGUUUGAAAUUUCUUGUGCUCUGGUGGAUUAUCUGGCGUGAGGUCCUGGUCCCUGUAAUAAGUAUUCAGAUGAUAAUAUAUACAAGGCAGAAAAA